AUGGAGAUCUCGUACAACUCUCGUCGUGUGUGGGGUAUAGUUCUGAUUCUAUUCUACAAAAUCUACAUGUUGAAUUCCGUUAUAACUUUUCGCGGAAAUGACACAGGUAAGCUCUCGCGCUCCGACGAAUCGGCAAAUGUUAAGGGAGACAUUAUUCUUGGAGGAUUGUUCCCUGUACACCAAAAAGGGGACGACGGUGCCGAAUGUGGCGCCAUUAAUAUCCAACGCGGUGUACAGCGACUCGAAGCGAUGCUUUUCACAGUUGACCGAAUCAAUUCAGACCCGGAUGUUCUACCAGGAAUUAUACUCGGGGCAGAGAUCUUUGACACAUGUUCGAGAGGCACAUACGCUCUUGAAAGGUCUCUGGAGUUUAUACGAGCGUCAUUUGCCAACCUGGACAGCGCGGACUUCAAGUGUGACGAUGGUUCCGAAGCAAAGGCCAAUGCAACCCCACGUGCAAUUGCAGGAGUCAUUGGCGGUUCCUAUAGUAGUGUGUCCAUACAGGUUGCAAAUCUUCUGCGCUUAUUCAAACUUCCUCAGAUCAGUUACGCGUCAACUAGCGCGGAUCUUAGUGACAAAAAGCGAUAUGACUAUUUUGUAAGGACCGUCCCGCCUGAUGGCUUCCAGGCCAAAGCGAUGGCGGACAUCGUCCAGUUGUUUAACUGGACAUACGUGUCGACAGUCGCCUCCGAGGGCGAUUACGGACAAUCUGGGAUAGAAUCAUUCCAAAACGAGGCUAGAUCCAGGAACAUAUGUAUUUCCAUAUCAAUUAAAAUCAUUUCAAAUUCGAACCAAGAUACAUUUGAUACAGCUAUAGAGGACUUAAAUGGUAAGAAAAAUGCUAUGAUCGUUGUUCUAUUUCUUCGCGUGGAAGACGCACGCAAUUUGCUACUAGCAGCGAAGAGGAAAAAACUUUAUAAUCGUUUUACAUGGAUAGCCAGUGAUGGUUGGGGAAUGCAGGACAAACCCGUUCUGGGGAACGAAGACAUAGCGGAAGGGGCAAUGACUAUAGAAUUAGACUCAACAUUAAUUCCGGAAUUUGAUACAUAUUUUUUGAAAUUAAAACCGGGGACAAAUACAAGAAAUCCAUGGUUUGAGGAAUACUGGGAAACAGUUCACGAGUGUAAGUUUCGCGGGAAAGGUAUCCAUCCCAUAACGGAUCAGGGGGUCAAGAAAAAUUGCACGGGUCAUGAAAAAAGACCCGUUGUAUACCAACAGGAGACGAAAGUCCAAUUCAUAUAUAACGCGGUGUACGCCAUGGCAUUGUCUCUGGACCGGAUGCACAGGGACGUGUGCCCUGGUACUAAUAAACUCUGUGAAAAUAUGAAAAAGAUCGACGGGGAACGCCUCCUUAAAGAAUAUAUCCUGAACACAUCAUUUAAUGGUAAGUAA